UGAAUGUUCCACACACCGUACUUUCAAGCAAGAUUUUUGUUGCAAAGGUGCGGGACCAAAAAUAGGUUAUGUUGUAGGGUUUCUUUUUUCUUUUUAUUUCUUUCUUUUUCUUCUUCUUGGGCAUCACAAUUACAUCUUUAAAUACAUCUUAAAACUACUAAAAUGUCGCUGCGGAUGCUUUUUGCUCCGGCAAGUCAAGACGAAAGCGGCUAUAACGAAGGUGUUGGUAGUGGUAGUGGUGGUGCCGGAGCCGUGUUCAGUCCAUUUGCUGUGCAUCUCGCAUUACUUUUUACGGUCGUUGCAUGUUGCAUUUCAUCUUUCUCAGUUUGGCUUCAUUGGAAGAAUUACCGAAAGCCGGUAUGUGAUGCGCGCUACACGUUCACACACAAACGUACUAGAAUGCGUUAAUUACACGAUAAUAUAACUACGAGGACCAUGCAUAAUAUUGACAUUGAAUUCGCUAAUUAUUGUAGAAUCAACAACGACAAGUCAUUCGGAUUCUGUGGAUGUAAGAGAAACACAACCAAUCUCGCUUUCUUUCUCUCUCUUUACACAUGAAUGGGAAGGGUACCGAUAUACGGAAUCAGCA